CAUCCAUAUGUUUCCGAACGUUCAGAUGGAAACUCCACAUUGCAACAUUUUGCGUAACGUAAAUCGAUUUUCCCGAGUUGCGGCCGCCCUACAUUGUUUCCAUAGUAGUUCCUGUAACGUAGUACGGUAGUGAACCAGGAAAUGUCAGAUAGAACACACGCUCUAGGCUCCUGAAAUCCGGCAUUUAUGCCGGCGUUCGGAAAUUUCGGGGCGUAAACAAUGAAUUUAUCAUGUAAACUGCUUUUAUCACUACUCAAUUGCAAUGGUGACUCCAAACCCUCUACUUCGCGUGCGCAGUGCUCCAGUAGUUCAGAAGGCAUGCAAAAUGAAUCGUCUUCUGAGGAACAAGGUGUCGAUGAUGAAGCAGCUGGACCAUCCCGGGUAAAUAAAGUGCCUGCGAAUACUGCGUCACCAAUGGCAGCCGAGAUGUUGGCGCACUUACUCAAGACGCAUCCGCCUCUAGGACAGCUGGUGCUGACGGCGCCAGGCUGCGACUCCAACCCGGGAACACCUUCCACCUCGCCCACUGCUGGCUCACCCUCCUCCUCCGCUGAUAAAAUUGACAACCGCGAUCCCUUCGUCUUCUACCCUGACGCGCCUGACAUGCGUCGUGAAGAGGAACGGCUCAAGACGUUCGACAAAUGGCCCGUCACAUUCCUAUCGCCACAGCUUCUCGCGAGAAACGGAUUUUAUUAUCUUGGUCGCGGGGACGAAGUGCGAUGCGCGUUCUGUAAAGUGGAAAUCAUGAAAUGGGUGGAUGGUGAUGAUCCUGCCAAAGAUCACCAGCGCUGGGCGCCGCAGUGUCCGUUCUUGAGACGCCAAGCCGGCUCCGGAAAUGUUCCCAUGGAGUCUUCGCCCGAAACCGCGGGGCGAGAUGAGUGCGGAGUCCGAGCGCCGGUAACGGCCAACUCCGUCCGUAUGUCUGGACCGGUUCACGCUCGAUACGCCUCCGAAGCUGCCCGUCUUCGUAGCUUCGCCGAUUGGCCUCGAAGUAUGCGCCAAAAACCCGAGGAACUAGCCGAAGCAGGCUUCUUCUAUACUGGACAAGGCGAUAAAACGAAGUGCUUUUAUUGCGACGGCGGUCUCAAGGACUGGGAAAACGACGAUGUUCCAUGGGAGCAACACGCCCAUUGGUUCAGUCGCUGCGCGUACGUUCAACUGGUCAAGGGUAAAGAGUACAUUCAGAAAGUCAUCUCAGAGGCGUGCGUCAUUCCCGCUCCCGUAGAAGAAAAAGUAGCGAAAGCUCCAGCCUCGACCUCGGUCGAAAAAACCAGCGAAAAGGAAGAGAAUCACGUCGAAGACACGAAGCUGUGCAAAAUCUGCUACAACGAGGAAAGAAACGUAUGCUUUGUGCCGUGCGGUCACGUGGUCGCCUGUGCGAAGUGCGCCCUAUCGACGGACAAAUGCCCAAUGUGCCGAAGGACGUUCACAAAUGCAGUGCGUCUCUAUUAUUCAUGAGAAGGGUCCCUCACUGGACUUGUUACUAGUCACUUCCCCGGGCGGCCCUGAUGCGUGCUGAAACCACGCCGAUAACCGCUUAACUGUGAUUAAACAUUUUGUGUAAGUAACGUAUUAAAAUAUAAAGCGGUGGGGCAACUCUAGCACUUCGGGCAACCGAGUGAAAGCGCAGGAGUUUAUUGUAGAUGUUGAAAUGAUUUUAAAUUAUUUAUUGUUUAAAAGUAUAAUGUCAUUAAUUGUAAAUAAAUCUUAUUGUAAAUAUUAGCUUAUCAUUUUGUCCCACCGACAAAAAUGAAAGUCUUAAAUUUGAACUUUCUAAUGCAAUGACAAAGUCGUCGCGCAUUUAUUAACAUAAUAUGGUAAGCUUCAAAGCAGUCGCGACUGGAGAGCUGCGAUGCUGCAAAUCAUCCUAACAAACUAAUUCAUCAAUUCAGUGCACUGAAUCAGUGACUUUGUUAUUUGCAUUAUAAAUGUAUAACGAACAUUUAAUUUUGUCAUAACGUAGAAUCGAAAUUGAAUUCAAUUGAAAUGUUUAAUUUUUUUUCCAUUAAACAACUAGUGUCGUGAUGCCUGCACGUGAUGUUAGAAAUUUAUGUUAGUGCAGUAUUAAAAAUGACUUGAUGUUAAACAAUUGUUCCUGUAAAUAGUUUAUUUUGACAAUAACGGGAAAAGUAAAGUAUUAGGUAGACAUAACGAUAAGCAGAGAAAAAUAAUGUGGUAAAAAACAUCCUUAGAUUUUCUAGCCAAAAAAUACCUAUUGAAACGAAAAAGUGUGAAUUCAGUAAUAAAAUACCAUUGAUAAUAUCGGGUGUUUAUUAGUGGAUUUACGCGAGUUUUGCAUUUAAAUUUCGUUAAAAUAAUAAUUGUAUUACAAAACAAUAAUUGAAGACAUACGUAAUAAUAUUUGGACAUUAUAAAGCACAGAUUUAUUAAAUAAUAAACAAUUCAUAUCAUGUAUUACUCACCUAAUUGAUAGUAUCACAGAACUGAUUUUUAAUUUUAGCCUUAACAUUUAAAUAUAUCACUGAAAUUAAUUAUUGAGAGAAUUUAUAAGAGUCACAUUCAAUAAUAUGUUUUUGUCAUAGUUAAUUAAGCCGAUUAUUUCUUCCUGUUGAUGUUAAUAAAGAUAAAAAAUGUUAAAUUA